AUGGAAUUGAGUAAGCGUCAAAGAAUAUUAGAUGAAAUUUAUAAUACUGAAGUCUCAUAUUUAAAUUUUUUAAAAAUUUGUCAAACAGUUUAUUUUGAGGAUAUGAUUAGUCAUGUGCCUCCUAUUAUACCAUUAGAAAAGACUAAUGAAAUGUUUAAAUAUUUAGAUACUAUUAUUACAAUUUCACAAGAAUUAAUAAGAUUAUUUGAUGAAUCAAAAAAAUCCAAUUGCUUUGAGUCAGAAAUAGGAAAUAUUUUUAUUCAAAUGCAGUCAUAUUUAAAAGGAUAUAAUUUGUAUGUUGCUAAUAAUGCUUAUGCAUUAAAUAUUGCUGAUAGACUAUAUAAGAAAGAGAAAUAUGCAAAGUAUCUUGAAACAUUAAGACAAUCAAUUCAAGGUCCUGAUACAAUGAAAUUAGAUUUAAAUUCUUUUCUUAUUAUGCCAGUUCAAAGAGUCCCUCGAUAUCGUUUACUUCUUCAAGAUUUAUUAAAAAAUACACCUGAUGGGACAUUAGGAAAAUCUGCAUUAGCUACAGCAUUAGAACAAAUUAAGGUACUUGGAAUUUCAAUUAAUGAAUCUAUUGCUGAUGAAGAAAGAAGAAGAAAAUUACUUGAAAUACAAAGUCGUCUUCCAAAGAGUCUUCAGCCAAAAUUUGUUUGUCCUGGAAGAGAAUUUGUAAUGGAAACUACUGUUGUUCUUACUUGGGAAGAGAAAUUAACGAAACUAACAUUAAUCUUUGUUACUGAUAUGUUAAUAUUUGCUGAAACAGUUAAUAAAAGGAUUGACGUUAAAUAUGUAAUGAUUAUAGGACGUAUUAAACGUCAGACUGGUGAAAGAACAGAAUUUGAAUUAUAUACAAAAGAAGAUGGAAACAUUAAAUUAGUUUUUCUUAACGAGAAAGAUGGACAAUUAUUCCAUGAUAAAAUUACUGAGUUAAUCCCAGUUCAAGUAAAGAAAUUAGCAGAAAAGAAGGCAGCAGAAGAUGAAUGUCCUUGUUGCAGGAAAUCUUUGAAUAGACUUGCUUCAUAUUCAUCUCCUGGAUUUAUUGUCUGUGCUAAAUGUAACAAAAAAGUUUGUAAUACAUGUGCAACAACAAAGAUUGCUUUAGUUGCAGGUGGUGCACCAAGAAAAGUGUGUGAUGCUUGUAUUCUUGAACAAUUUACAAAACAACAAGAAACAAAUAAAAAACUGAAACAAAAGAAAGAACCAUUAUUACUUAAUUCUCAAAAAAAAGAUAUAAAUGAGUUUCAACAAAAUUUAAUAACAUCAUCUUGUACUUCAAGUCAAGUAUUUACAUCUCCAAUGUUAUGUUCAACAGGACAUAAUAUUUAUUCAACACCAAUGAUGACUUCUAAUCCUUAUUACAUUCCAUUGACAUACAGUACAAGACAAAUACCACAAACAUUUACUACUUCACAACCUCUAUCACAAACAUUUACUACUUCACAACCUCUAUCACAAACAGUUAACUGUUCAAAUCAAACACAACGUUCACAAAUAGAAAUACUAAAAAAUUUGAAUGUUCCACAACGUAGACCACAAACUAAAUUAAAUAAAAAAAACUUAAAUUGA